AGUUGCUAGGCAAUUGAGCGUAAAUCCUCAAGAUGGACGACAUACUGGAAUACACAGGUAGCAGCUACAAUGGUGAUUAUACUAAUGGAAGGAUGGAAGGGAAAGGGAGAUAUGGUUUCCCCACUGACACCAGGUAUGAGGGGGAGAUGAAAGAUGGCAUGUUUCAUGGGAAAGGCUCACUUUUCUUCCCUAAUGGAAGUCGUUAUGAAGCUAUCUGGGAAAAUGGAGUUGCCAAAGAGGGUAAAUACACCUUUGCUGAUGGGCUUAUGUAUGAGGAAGAGGACUGGAAGUAUUGUGAUGGCUAUGACAGGAGGUUUUACACAGAAAUUACUGGAAACCUCAGACCUGCUGGUCAUGAGUCAUUAGUCAAUAACGAACCCAGGCACGUAAUCCCUGAAGGACAUUAUGAUUGUGGGGAUGGCUUCUACAAUCCUAAAACCAGAGUUGUCGUUGAUUACAAUCUUAAAUUUUUGCGAAAUGCAGAUGAGGAUGAGCACAACUGGAUAAUAAAAACUUGCCUCAAGGGAUGGGAUGAAUACAUUGGUUUCACACCUAAAAUUACAGCCUAGCCUAGUCAGAUCAGAAUAUUAUUUUGUACAUACAUGUUUUAUGCAGAACAUUUUUAUACUUUACUUACAGUGGAACAAUGCUCGGAAGUUUUAGAAUCUAAACUUUGUGUCAUAAGUUUUACAUUUUGGAUGUUGGUUUCUAGUCUGGAAUUGUAAGAAGGAUAAUAAUCUUUUAUUGAUUUAUAUUAUGUUUUAAAAGUAGGCUAAUAUGUGCUGAAUUUAUUUCUGUAAUACUCUAAAUUUACUUUUAACUUAACAAGGCUCUAAGCUAACAUUAGAUGAAUGAAUAGAAUACUGUGGUGGUACACUUCUCCUAAAAGCUGAGCCAAGAUUAAGGUCACAAUAUGACCUAGGUUCAAGGUCAUUAGUAGAAAUGGUUCAGUUCUAAUUAUUUCCUAGAAGCCAAAUUCAUUUUCACAGUCUUUUGAGAAGAAAUAUAAAUAAAAGCAUAAAAUAAUUCAAUUCUAUAGGCCUAUUCAAUAUGUAAUACAAAAUACCUUCUAUUUUAAUAAACUUGAUAAAAAUCUGUUUAAAUAUUUUGAGAACCAUCAAACUCUACAUGUAACACAACUAAAGUAAUAAAAUUAAAACACUGAAAAUAGCAAGCUUAUGACUUAAAUUAUUAUAAAAUUUGAAAGCAUUGUUGCAGUUUGUACAACUAUUGUUAUUUAUGUUCAUGCUUUGAUUUAACUGUUAAAAUAUUAAUCUAAUGAAAGUUUGUUGUGUUUUGGCUGUUAUGAUUCUCAUGAAGCUGACAACAAACAAUUUUUUUUGUUUUUCUAUAAUUAAGUGGUUAAAAAAAAAAGAAGUGCAGUUUUUCUCACUAAGAUACGCAAGUGAUUAAAAAUUUUAAAACUAGUUGUAGCUAAAACGAGAGAAAAAUAAUACUAGUUCCUUCUUUUAUUUAGUAGUAAAUUUUAAAAUUGAACCACCAUUUUUUUGUAGAGCAAAGGAAAAAAAGCUGGUAGACUUUGUAGGACUUCAUAUAGACGUACUUUCUGACAUAUGUAGUUGAAUGUUCAACCACUAACCCAUUGUGGUUUUGUUGUGCACACUGACCCCUUCACCCCCCACCCCCACAGGCCAACAAACAGAUGUUAGCAAAUUAGACCUUAAUAUUGAAUUAAGUAUUAUUCCUGCUUUUAAAAUUCUCUGAAUAUCGGUGCAUUAUUUUAAUUCUCAAAUUAUUUAAAAUAUGUUUUUAUGUUGAUGUUUGAAUAAACUGAAUGAACAAAAUUUA